AUUUCGAUAUAUUACUUUAAAUGAUUAUUAGAAAAAAAGAUUGUUUUUAUUGGUUUAUUUCUAACUUUCGAUCUGUCAAAAUUUCAUGAUAAUAUAAUUGGUCUUUUUUUUUGUGAAGCGAUAUAAAAUGAUUGUGAAAUUAAAUCUCUUAAGAAUUGCACAAAUUUUGCGUGAAACGAGCAUCAGCAUUCACCGAUAACUUUUAUUCCACUCGAACUAAUUCACAUGUUGAAGUCCGAUCUAACAUAUGACGUUUAUAUUCGACCAUUACAUUUGACAAAGGCAUAAAUAUUUUUAGGUGCAUGGGUUAUGUAAAUAUAAUCAUACAUAAUGCAGUCCCAGUUAGCAGCAACUCCUCGAAAAUUACCUGUGUUUGUCUUCCCCUCAAGUAUUACUUUUUAUCUAGAAAAUCAAUCUACUCAUAAGCAAGUUUUGACUUUAUAUAAUCCAUAUGAUUUCCCAGUAAAAUUCAAAGUGCUUUGUACUGCUCCAAAUAAGUACAAAGUUGUUGAUCCCGAAGGAACAAUAAAGGCAAAAUGUUGCGUUGAUAUUGUUGUAAGGCAUACAGCACUCUUAAUUAGUAAUUGCAAUGUGACUGAUAAAUUCAGGAUACAAAUGCAAGAACAUCCAAGUAAACAGGCAACGGGUAAACGAGAUGUUGAAGCUACAUUGUUACCUGGAACCUCAGAAACUGCUGGAAGAGCAACUCCAGAUCCAGAAAUGUUUCAACAGCUUCCGAUAAAUGAAACUAGGCAACAACAGUCAUAUGCGCUUAUAACUCAAAAUAGAACAAUUGAUAACACUUCACUCAAGAUACAUAAAAACUUAUUACAGUUGCAGUAUGAUUUAUUUCAUGGAGAAAUUCAAGAUAAAAUUACAAAUAUGUUUCUGAGCUCAAAUAUGAAAAAUGCCAAUUGUAUCAUUGUGGAUAAAGGAGGAACAAACUAUGUAGCACUUAUCGCAGGAAUUAUUUGCAUAGCUGGGCUACUCUUGCCUACAGAAGGAGAACGUAGCCACACAGUGCCUGAUUACCUCCAUCUUUCCAUAAAUUUUAAAUUAAUAUUUUCAUUCGUAUUAGGUAUGGUAACAAUUAUAAUCUUAAGGUUGUAAUUUGUGGCUGGUUAUAUACAAAAAAAAAGACUUUAUACAAUAAAUAGGAUUAUGGGGUGAAAGCACAA